AUGGAUCCGCCAGUUUCGUUCUCCAAAAUAGCCUGUGUGGGAACGGGCUUGUCAGCGAUUGGCUUGGGCGCGACAUUGAAGCGAUGGUAUCAAGAAACCGAUAUUAGAUUCUUCGAAAGAUCCCCAAGCCCAUGCGGGACUUGGAGUAUCAACCAGUAUCCCGGAUGUGCUUGCGACGUGCCCAGCGCAUUGUAUAGCUUGUCGUACGAGCCGAACACAGACUGGUCGCGCGUUCUGCCAACAAACGCUGAGAUCGAGAGGUAUCUGUUAAAGGUGGCCAAGAAGUAUGACCUGCUCACCAAGAUGUCAUUCUCAACGGAUGUGAAAGAGUGCCAAUGGGACGCCGACCGCUGCCGUUGGCGGAUUCUCGUCCGUGAUCUUGCAAAUGGUUUGGACCUGAUUCAUGAAUGCACCAUUCUUUUCUCGGCCGCCGGACAGCUCGUCUAUCCUCGGGAUCUGGGUAUCCCAGGUCAAGAAACCUUUUCAGGAGACAUCUUCCACUCUGCACGAUGGCACCGGCAGGUGACUCUAGACGACAAAGAUGUUGUUGUGAUCGGCAAUGGAUGUACAGCAACACAGAUUGUGCCCAGUAUCGUGAGUAGGGUGAAGAGUCUGACACAGGUAGUGCGCAGCAAACAUUGGGUCUUUCCGCCUAUCGAUCAGCCAUACCCGAGCUGGCUCCGCUGGGUCUUCAGGAAUGUUCCGUUUGCUUUGAGGCUGCAUCGACUUCAGAUAUUUCUCAUGGCGGAGCGGGAGUUUCCGACAUUCCCAAACACACCAGCCGCUGCAGCACUGAGAGCAAAACGGCGUGUUGCCGUUGAACGGUACAUGCGACAGACCGCGCCAGCCAAGUAUCACGACUUACUGAUACCGGAUUUUGAGGUUGGCUGUAAGCGUCGCAUCUUCGAUACCGGCUAUCUGGCUAGUCUGCACGCGCCGAAGGUCACCCUGACUGACGCCAAAAUACUCAGCAUUGUCCCUGAAGGAUUGCAAACAACUGAUGGCAUAAUCAAGGCCGAUAUCAUCAUCCUGGCAAAUGGCUUUAAGACCAACGAGUUUAUUUCACCCAUGGUCGUCAAAGGAGUGGAAAACGAGACGCUUACCGAGCAUUGGGCCAAAGCUGGCGGUCCUGAGGCUUACAACUGUUCAGUGCUCCACGGCUUUCCGAACUUCUUCAUGCUUCUGGGCCCUAAUGCUGCUACUGGCCACACCUCUGCAGUAAUGGCAUCGGAAAACAUGGUCAAUUAUGCGCUACGUGUUGCUGCACCUGUCCUGCAAGGCUUGGCGUCAACGGUCGAAAUCCACAAUUCGGCGGAGCAGGAGUACUCACGGAACGUUCAAUCAGCAUUGCAGAACACGGUCUGGAACACAGGCUGCCAAUCUUGGCGCAUUUCUGGUACAGGAGCUUGUUCCCAAUUUGGCAAGACUGGAAAAUUGCGGUAA